AUGGCGGCUGCACCCGUCAAGCAGCGCUCCGGGCCAGGGGGACCCCGGGCGCAGCUCCCGCCCUGCUAUUAUGAAGGCUACCUGGAGAAGCGCGGACCGAAAGAAAAGGCAUCCAGGCGACUGUGGACCUGCCUGUGUGGCAAUGCACUGUUUUUCUUCAAUAAUGCUAAGGACGCUCAUUAUGUGGAGAAGCUGGACCUCAGCGGCUUUGUGUCCCUGAAGGACGACUGUAGCCGAGACAGGAACCUGGAGGCAGCCAGACUCAUCCUGCGCAUGAAGGAUGGAGAGACUAAACUUACAGCACCCAAUCUAGAAUCCAGGGAGCUGUGGAAGGGUUUCCUCUACUCUGUUAUAGACCUGAAUGUCCCGGCGUGCCUCACCUUGCUGCCCGGCCAGCUGCAGAUGCUGAGGGAGGUGGUGGACAAAGAAAGGUCCAGGCGGAGAACACGCACUCCUGCACGAGCUCCUCCCUCACCUCUGUCUGUGCCUUUAGUAGGAGAGAUCCCACCAUGUUUCCGACCGGUGUCUCGAACAGAGGCUGAGGUCCUGUUGGAGCGACAUCCAGACUGUGGCAACAUGCUGCUCCGUCCAGGCAGAGAUGGAUGCUCCCUGGCUGUCACCACUCGACAGGACCUCAACGGAUCAGUGUUCAGACACUACCGUGUGACUCAAAGAGACCAAGGAGGCUAUGUCAUUGAUGUAGAAAAUCCAAUUCCCUGUGCUACUCUUCAUGAGGUCAUUGAUGCUCUGGUAGAGAAGACGGCAGGGGCGCUGCAGCCUUUCCUGCUGGAGGAGCCUUAUGAGGAGAAUAUCACGUAUGUUUCCUCCAAUGAUGAGAAUGGAGAGAGGAUCCUCCACACUGCCCCGUCCAGCCCUCUGCCAAGAGCUCCUGCCCUGCCGCCAAAACAAGAUCGCUGGUCCACUAAACCUCUGUCCAGGUCCCCCGCCCCCGACCGCCGCAUCCUGACAUCACCGGUACCAUCCUCACCCACCAAUCCGAUGAGACGACUCAUCCUCUCCCCUUCACCUCUUGCACAGACACUCAACGAAGAACUCAAAAUGAAGCUGGAGAAGAGACGAGCCAGUCAGGAGUGACAUACGAAAGCAGCACAACCAAUAAGGAAUAACUUCCUGUCACAGCUCAGCCAAUCCUCAGUGCCAAACUAACAAACCCCUUCUUGCCGCAGCUAUAUAUUCAUCCUGUGCCUUCUGGAUGGAAGACAAGUGACUACAAACUGCCACCACCUUUGGUUGUGGAGAGCUUCAGGAUGUUCUUGGUUUUGUUCUUCUUCUGGUUUUGCCACUGUAUGAAGGUGUCUGCAAGUCAGUUCUGUUCAUGCUGGACUGGAAUCAGUGGCUCUACAUCAAACAACACUGUUUUGUUAACACUGGAUUAGACUGAUGUAACACCUCACAAAAUGCUGCCUAUCUUGAGUGGCUAAUGAUCUACUUGAGCUUCGUCCAGCAGCGCAACACUGUUACAAACUGCCUACAAACAAAAACUGUGCCAUAAUGAACAAUUUCCCUUAUGAAUACAAUCCUUAACAAUACUGAAUCAAUAUGACGGGCAGCUUAAAGCUUACUGGAGAAGCACAGACAAAAUUCAGACACACAACUGAGCAUUCUGUUUGAGCCCAUGGCUGCUGAUGUUACCGCUAUUAUGCUGGAAACAAGGAAAGAACCGAACCACAAAUAGCAAAGGCCAACCCCGGAGAGACAGUUACCUGAGGACACUACAUCUGCUCCGGGAGAAAAAACAAGCCAGGAACACUUUAGUUUCAGCUCAUUAACACUCCUGAUUCACCUAAUUAAGUGUGACAUGAUUACAAAUUAGCUGAAUACAAGAGAAGUGUUUGAAGCUGAAGCCUGCACAGUCCCUGGCUUGUCAGGAGCAGACCGGACUGCUGAUGCAGAGUGGUAUUCCUGAUUAUUUAUCAUCCACUAAUAUAUUGUUGGUACAGUCAUACUACUGUGGCUCUUUAAUGACUCGACGUAAGUCUUUACUGUAUUGUUGGUGCCGAAUUUCAAGUGACUCCUUAAUUCUCUGCUACUGUGUAUGUGUACUGUAUGGUGCUAUACCUCACCAGUGCUCAGACCUCGUUGGAAACUGUAAGUGAUAUAUUGUAAUUGCCAGUCAAUCCACUGUGUUCAUAUGUAAAGGUGCCCUCUAGUGGACUGACUGUCGCCAAGCCUGUUUAAUGUGAAACCUUAUCAGCACACAGCAGGAACAAAACCAUGUGUGGGUACAGAUUAAAUGUUUUUAUAUCGUAAGCCUAACAUGGCAAAAUCACUGAAUCUGAUUCACAUCUGCACAUAAAAAGUGAAGUUUACAAUACUGUGUGAAUUCAGUAUCGGAGAGACCAGACUUUUGGCUUUGUAGCCUACCAUUUUACACCAUGCUGUACUCACACCCUACCUCUCUGUCUUGUACAACAGGCUUAUCAUUAGUGCAGGUCCCAAACACUGAAAACAA